CCUCACUCAUAGUGUUCUUGCAGUGGCCGGGCGAGCACGUGAUCAUGUCACGGGAGCUGGAGGUUUCACCAACGAGAUUGCUCAGAGUCACUCCGAAGCCCACAGAAUCCUCUGCCGUCCAUAAGAUCUCUGUACUCCCGGCCUUCUCGAAAUGCUCUAACACAGCAAGUGGCCCAGACUCCGGUACCCAGUCAUGCCUUUUGAGCAUAGCUCUAAGUCCGCCGCAGCCACAGCCCCAUUUCAGGGUCGAAACAGCGCUUCCAUGUCCAUUGACGGCUUGCAGCUGCGCGGCCGCCCGGGCUCGAACAAGUUCGCAUUCCUUGACCUCCCACGCGAGUUGCGGGACAUGGUAUACGACUUCGCCUACCUUCCAGAUAGAAACCGCCCAUCUUACGGUUCCACGAUCUUGGAAGUCAACAACAAAAAUCGUUACCAUCCCUUCAAGACCCCGGCCUUGUGCCACGUCAACCGCCAAGUACUCUCAGAGGCUCUUCAUUACUUCCUGAAGGAUUUGACCAUCUACUUCUACGGUGACGCGGAGCUCAAAGAAUUCAAGAACUGGCUUGGGGGAUACGAUAUGCUACACUGCAAUCCGUCACGUGGAGUUCGUUAUCUAUGGCGGGAAGGAAGGCUGGCAGAAUGGAACGCGGAUGCGCGAGCACCUUGAGCUCAUGAAGCAAUGCCCAAACCUCCAAACGGUGGGAUUUCGCCAUACGAUUGUGAGGCCCUCCAGUGGUGGAGGAGAGUAUGUCCUAUACCACUCCGGCUACGAGAGCCGUUGUGUCAUCGCGAACUCGUUUGAAGAGCUAAGGGAAAAGUGCCACCUGGAGGAAAUAUUCACCUGUCCGAAGCUGGAGUCUGUGGUUUUCAACUCGCCAUGCGUAUGGACCACGCGAGACUUGGUCGAAUGGGCCCGUAAAGAAUUCGAGAAGCGUGGAAGGUGGCAGCUGGCGUAGGAAGGGCAAAGGAUCAGUAGGAAAGCAUGGGUUGUAUUGAGGUGCUAACGAGUGGCUAUAUAGUGAAUAGAACAGGG